UAUUAAUCUGUCUGAGCAUCAUUAGAGUUAACCUCCCAGAUGCUGUACCAUUUAUUAUAUUUCAUUGCAAUACUGCAGUUGUCCUCUUGGUGUUAUGGUGGCGCUGUUACAGCGGCUUAUUCUGCCUGCUUGUUUACCUUGUAAGCAGUGUUAGGCGAAAUCUGCUGUAGAUUACAACUCACAUUAUGCUCAGUUGUGGCUGCCUGAGGGCGAUGGGAUUUGUAGCACUCGGGUGAUGAAGAUGUGGACCUUGCUAGCCUCUGCCUGUAAGAGGACUCCUGUGUGUCAGAAUGUCAUCCGUAUCACCGGAGCGAUCCAUUGGAUCACAAGGAACCACAGCAUCUGGCCUGGGAUCCAGGUUGGCUCACACCGUAUCCCAUCUCUCUGCCCGACGGUCCGUCGGAAAUUCUGCAAAGUCAACGUCGGAGACAAAAUCUGCAAACUCAGGUCGAGCAAAAGUAAAGGCCAACGUGGAGCAAAAUCCAUUCAAAAUCCCUCCAGAUGUGGACUUCUUCCUCAUUAGAGAUCAGGAAAAAGAGAAAAAAAAGAUGGAGAAGGAACUCAACAAGAACCUGAAGGUCCACCAAAAGACCACACACGCAACACAAAUGCAUGCCAAACUGGCCGGUCUACGCAAGGAGAUUGAAGACGAGGAAAAGGAAGUAAAUGGAGAGGAUGCGGAGAAAGCGGUAGCGAUUCGUGAAAAUCCUUCAUGGAAAUUGGCAGUCACUGGAGAUACGCAGAUUCAGAAAGAAAGUCUACAUGAGUUUAUCAACAAAAAGAGGGAGAUGUUCCUCCUGGAGUAUUCACUUACAGUGAAAAGAGAUGAGAUCCAGAAGCUGGAGGCUUUAGCUGCUGCAGAAGAGAUGAAGCUGGAAAAGGCUGAGCAGUUUCUGGAGGAGGACGCAGUGAGGUUUGACGAGUUCCUAAAGCAGAAUGACAGGAAUUCCGUGGAGGCUCUGAAGCAGGCUGAUAAGGAAACAAAACUGAAAAUGAACAGGGUGGCACAAAUCAAGAGCCAGACUGCACUCAUGAUGAAUAUCAAAAGUGACAUCUCCAAAUGUGAAGAAAUUCUCCAGGAGUAUCUGAUGUACAAAGAGUUCCUCUUUCGGCUGUCUCCCAAAGAAUGGAGAGACGAAGCAAUGAGGAAGAAGGCAGAGAGGAAGAAGGCUCGGAUCGCUGCCUCCAGAGAGACACAAGACUUGGAAUCGAAUGUUUCGCUGUCCCCGGUCCCUGUAAAGAAGCCAGAGAGCAAGUACUCAGGACAUGUCGUCCAAAGCCGUGACUCAACAAGAGACGUCCGUCAGCCUUCGAGACACAGCGUAAAAACAACAGGCACCAAAAAAACGAGCAUUGCAACUUUGGUAGCGGAGGAAGAUAAUUACGAAAAUCUGGUGUCUUCGGACAGUGAUGAGGAACCCGAACUAUACUUUACGGACCCUCGACAGUUGCUGCAGAUCUUCUCGGAACUGGAGGAACAGAACCUUUCACUCAUCCAAAAUUCUCAAGAAACAGAGGAGUCGCUGGAGGAAAUCAAACAAACCAUCACCAGCACCGAGGAGAAAAUGGAGAAGGAGACACAACAGCUGAAAGACCACAUUGACCAGCUUAAAGCUGCCAUUGCCCAAGAAGAAGAGCGAGCUUCUGAACUGGAACUGAAGUCCAGGGUGUUCGCGUUCGGGCAGUACAACUCCGAGGACCAGGAAAAGAUGCUGGCAUCCCUAAGCAAAAAGGUUGAGGAAGUAUAUACGGCUUGUAUUGGGGAGAACCGGGCAAACCUCAGUGCCCUGCAGAUGCUUAUGAUAAUUGAGCACCAGCUGGAGGAACUGCUGGACAAUAUAGAAGUGAUCCCUAAGGAAAGGAUUGAAGUAGCUGAGAAAGCCAAAGAAAAGGAGAGGAGGCUGAGAUUAAGAGAAGAGAAGAUUAAACAACAGAAGCUUCACCAAGAAGAACGGCUGAGAAGGGCGCUGGAAAGAGCACAAGCUGAUCCCAAAAAAACAACUGGCAGAAAACUUAUGGCUCGCUCCGAUCCUCCAGCAACGAAACUGAAAGUUGACAAGGACCAGGAUACGAUCGACAAAGAGAAGGAAGAAGCUUUGCUUUUUUUCAGUUAGCCAGAUUUUUGAGAUAUAAAAAACACAACCGAACUUUGAUAUUAUAUAUGAAUAAAUAUACAGAAACAGGAUCGGCUCAAGUAUCGAGUGAUCUCAUUCCAUGGGCUGCAGCGAUUCUGGAUCUGCUUCAAAAUCCCACGCACUGUAACGAACACACUGAGGAACGCAGCUCAAAAUCCAAGAUGAAACAGUCCAUGUAAAAUCAAAACUAUCUUUAUUCAUGUCCUAGGACCAGGAUAAGUGUUUAGCCCCAUCCUGCUAGGUUUUCUUCUGUACUCUAUUGAUUUUUGUCCAAAGAUGUGAAUAAAGAUAGUCCAUGUAACAUCAAAACUGUUUCAUCUUUUUAUUUCUGGAUUUUGAUCCCACAUCCAUCUGUGGUAUUUAUUAUAUAAUAAACAAUUACAAUGCAUUUUCUGUGGCCUACAGGUACACAUCUUAUGUUCCUAAAUUACUUUACAGGCAAGAUUUUCACACAACCUUCCCUUUACAAUGUUAAAUGUGCAGGCUUGUGAUUGUGUGUCCAUUCAAUACAAGGGUUGGGGGAAAAGGUGUAUUAUCACUGAAAUUUCCACUUAAAUAUCAUCAAUUUAAAACGGAUUAAAAUGUAAGAUAAA